AAAAAAAAAAAAAAAGAAAAGUGGGGGAAGGGAGACAAGUUCCGUUUAUCAAAAAGUGGAACAAAUUCAUGUGACUUGCGGAUGCGAUGACACGACUGGCAGCCAGUAAGCCAAAAGCAACACCCGACAACUUAGAUGAGGACCAACGACCACAUUUCAAGAGUGUCUGACCUAUGAUUGCCAAUUGUGAACAGCAGCCUUCCCUCGCGCGCCAACCUCCAACCUUCGCUGUAAAGUUAAGACGAGAACACAAGAUGUUCUCCCUGUUGCUGCUGCUGUGUUCCUUCUUGCCGCACGGGGACCCAGCAUCUCCAAUAAGUUGCUACAACGACCAGGGGGACGCCGUCGACUGGUUUUAUAUGUACAAGCUGCCAAAGACGCAUGGCACGGCGUCGGGUCUAAUGUACUUGCUGCUGGAUGAGAGCGGCGCCGGCUGGACACCCGGCGUGGGGACCAUCAACGACACAAUGGGAGCGUUGGGCAGGACGCUGGCGCAACUCUACUGGCAGACUCAACAGGCAGGAGUGGCCUACAUCCUUUACAAUGACCAGGAUGGGCUCGGGCACAACCACAAAGGAGGACACACCAAAGCACGCCCAUCUUUCCCCCGGCACGACGGGCGGGUCGCUACCACUUCCCCGACGGUGGUGCCACUUAUGGACAGAACUUCCUGUGCGUCAGCUUCCCGCUGGACCGCUUCCACACCAUCGGCGAGCAGCUGCAGAUCAACCAGGCCAACGUCUAUGACUGCAACAUGCCGCCCUUCUUUGCGGCGGAGGCCCCGGCUCUGGCCGCCGUAUGCAAUCAAAGCAGUGCGCUGGCCCCACCCACCAACCGCAGCGUCACGCUUACAUCUAAAGGCGGCGCCGCCUUCGUCAGCUUCGCCAAAGGAGCUGCCUUCGACCGCGACCUGUACCAGUCAUGGGUGGCCCCCGCCCUGCGCUCGGACCUCCUGGUGCAGUUCUGGAUCCACUCGAGAGGCAUCCUGCCGUCUGACUGCAGCCCGGGCUGGAAGGUGCUGGACGUCACGCGCCUGUCCCCGGGCGGCUUGUCGCCCUAUAACAACAGCAAGGACCACUCCAAGUGGGCCGUCAGCCCACAGCCGGCGGCGGCGGACGGCGGUUGGCUGUGCGUGGGGGACAUCAACCGCAACCGGGCCGAGGAAAAGCGGGGAGGCGGCACACUUUGUCAGCGCCAUGCCACCGUGUGGAAAGCGUACCGCGCCACCGCGCUCGAGUGUCAGCCCUGCCGGGCUUCGGCGCUCGGCUCUGCUCACUGCCAAUAAAGCAUGCAUAAAAAAUCAUCCGCUUCAAAUCUCGGAAAAUAUUUAAUUUAGAAAUUGCUUGUUCUUUCUUUUUAAUUGCAAGACAACAUUUUUCAUUUACUGUAUUUUUUGGACUGUAAGUCGCAGCUUUUUCAUAGUUUGGCUGGGGGGGCUUAUACUCAGGAGCAACUUAUAUGUGAAAAUGUUCACAUAUUUUUACUUGAUCAUUAACACAUUACUUACUUACUUGUACAGUGGAGCCUCGGUUUUCGACCACAAUCCGUUCCAGAAGGCUGUUCGAGAAGUGAAUUCCAAAUCAUGUUUUCCCAUUACAAAUAAUGGAAAAAGAUUGAUCCGAGCCAAAAAAUACGCUUUUUUAAAGCAUUUUUUCAUUAUUUUAUAUUAUAUAAGUGAGUAGGUAACGUAUAAAUAAAUAAUAUAAAUAACUAGAAUUUUGCAAUUUCUGGAGAAAUUGCGUGUGAAGGCGAAAUGUAUGAAUAACUUCUUCGGGGAAUGCUGCCGAACGAUGUUGAAACGUGUUGAAUUACUUGAGAAAUGUAGAAUAUUUGGAGAAUUUGUGGUGAAUUUCAAAAUAAAAGAUGUGAAGUUUUUGGUAA